AUGGCGGUGCCCUGUGGCGCCCUGAGCGAUUUGGAGAGGAGCAGCAGCAGCAGCGAUGCGGAGGAGCUGGCACGGUGCCGCGAGGCGGCGAUGCCGGCCUGGGGCUUGGAGCAGCGCCAGGGAGGGCCGGAGAAGCCAAGAGCCGAUGCCAGAAAUAAUCAGCGGCCAGCCACCCAGCCGAGCCUCAGGCAUAAAGUGGAUGAACAUGAACAAGAUGGCAAUGAACUUCAGACCACCCCCGAAUUCCGAGCCCACAUAGCCAAGAAACUGGGAGCCCUGCUGGACAGCUCAAUUACCAUCUCAGAAGUUGUGAAGGAGCCGGCAAAGGCCGAGGUACAGAAAGUUCCUGCAGAGGAUGAUGGCUUCCGCCUCUUCUUCACUUCCGUCCCUGGAGGCUCAGAGAAGAAUGCUACUCCCCAGCCUGGUCGAAAGCGAUUACCUUCCAGCUCCAGUGAGGACAGCACGGAGGAGUGGCAGCGGUUCCGGGAGGCAGCGGUGUCGGCCUCCGACAUCCUCCAGGACUCUGCCAUCCACAGCCCUAUCAGAGUGGACGGAGAGGCAAAGAAGAAGAAAAAGAAGUUGAAAAAGAAAGCCAAGAAGGAGGCCAGCGCCGACUUGGUCGCCGCCACCACCACAAGUGGGACCACAGUUGGGAACCCGGAGAAGCCGUCACCCAAGCUCAAUGGAGACCAGGCAUCACUUGGGACCAAAAAGAAGAGAAGGAAGAAAAAGGCCAAGAAGGCCAGUGAGGCUUCCCCAUUCCCACCAACAAAGAGCGCAGUGGCCAUGCCUGCAAACUGA